AUGCCUCAUACCACCGGUUCUGCGGCAGAGCUUCCCUUGCCUCGGAAGAGUACCCACACGAACCUCGAAAGAUCUGGCGGCUCAGCCGUCCGUGAUCUUUCCACAUCGGAGUCAUACUCAACAUAUGGGCCUCACGCACCACCAUGUUACCCAUCACAAUCUUACACAGAAAAGAGAUCUGUUGGCAUAUCCUUCCCCGAAGGUUACCCAACACAACCUCACACACAAAAGAGAUCUGGCGGCCUAACCUUCCCCGAAGGUUACCCGACACAACCUCACAACACAAGAGAUCUGAUGGCAUAA